AGCGCUUCACCACGCCAAAGAACAAAAAAGGGGCCGUCAUGCUUAACCAGCAAGUUCGACUGCAGCGCGCCAUCGUUUGCGUUUGGGUGCUUGUCGGCGCAAUCAUGGCGGCGGCCGACCCGGCCGGUCGCACGCCCCGCACCGUCGCCGUCACCUGUUGUGAGCGGGGAGAGGAAGCGUGGACGAUACUGAACUCGUGGCAGCGCAGCUGUGCCAACGCGGCGGUGUGGCGCGAACUCACGCCCGACAAAUACGCGCAGAUGCUGUCGCUGCAGUCGCACUUCUCUGUGCCGGCAACCGUCGUGUCUGCCGUGUGCGACGAGGAGGCGUUGGGCCGAAGUGCCGUCACCGCGUACUUCCGCUACGCUCUCUGCGCUUCGCUGCCCCGCACGCAUGCCGAUCUCGCUCGUAGUGUGUACAGUCGGUUGAUGGAUGAAGCGCCCGCACUGGAGGACGAGCUGACGGACGAUAUCGAGUCCGCCUGCCGCGACUUGCAACAGAGAUGGUCAGCAGAGGUGGAGGCGUGGACAGGGCUGCUGCGCGCGCAGACGGCGCUGUCGGCAGCGCAGGCAGCGCUGUGCCCAAACCCGUGCCGAUGGGUAGAAGAUUUGAUUGAUGGUGCGACCUACGAUUUGUGA